GUUGUCGUUUUGACGGUCAUCACUUGAAGGCAAAAGCUUCAGAUUUUAGGGUAGGGGUUUAUUCAUUCCAUUCAUCUCUGCCGCCGCAACACAUCAAUGGCUUCCGACAAGAAACUGGCGAACCCAAUGAGGGAUAUGAAGGUUCAGAAGCUCGUCCUCAACAUCUCCGUCGGUGAGAGUGGAGAUCGUCUCACCAGAGCUGCCAAGGUGCUGGAACAACUUAGUGGUCAAACCCCAGUGUUCUCCAAAGCGAGGUACACUGUGCGAUCCUUUGGAAUCAGAAGAAACGAGAAGAUUGCAUGCUAUGUUACUGUCAGAGGCGACAAGGCAAUGCAGCUUUUGGAAAGUGGUUUAAAGGUGAAGGAGUAUGAACUGUUGAGGAGGAACUUCAGUGAUACUGGGUGCUUUGGAUUUGGUAUUCAGGAGCAUAUUGAUUUGGGAAUCAAGUAUGACCCUUCUACUGGUAUUUAUGGAAUGGAUUUCUUUGUGGUUCUGGAACGCCCUGGCUAUCGUGUGGGUCGUCGCCGUAGAUGCAAGGCCCGUGUUGGAAUUCAACACCGUGUCACCAAGGAUGACGCCAUGAAGUGGUUCCAGGUGAAAUAUGAGGGAGUGAUCCUUAACAAAUCUCAGGCAAUUGUUUAGUUAAACUGAGUUCUUUUAGAAGUAUGUUACUGUUUUUGGCAACUAUAGUUUGGUCUCUCUUGGACAAUGUCUUAAUUAUCAGACAGAUUUUGGAUCACUGUUCUUAUGAUUUUGUUAUGUUUUUAUGAUGAAGCACAUGGAUUACCUACAGCUGUGUUAAA